AUAAAGAAGAAAUUUUGAAAAAUUAAAUUUUUGGGAAUAAAAAUGCAUUAAAAAUAAAUGGAUAAUUUGUUCGAAUUUAAAAAGCACCAGAGCCAGAAGAUAUAAACUGGAAUGCUCUUUCAUGUAAAUAAUCUCAAUAAUUCAAGAAAAGAGUUUUUUCAGCUUUAUUUACUAUAUUUUUACUAUUUUCUUCUUUUUCUAUUAUAUAUUAUUUAAUGAAUUUAUAAGUAAACUUUAAAGAAUAACCUCCUUUUCCAGAAGAAGUUUAUAAAAUGAAAAUGCUUGCCUUGACUAUUUCAAUAGUGAUUUAAAUUUUAAAUUUUCUACUAUAAAAAGUAUUAAACUUUUUAUCAAGUUUUGAAUAACACUAUACAAAAACAAAAGAACUAUCAUCUUUAUCUCAAAAGUUGGCAAUCGUAUAAUUUAUAAAUACUGCAUUAAUUGCUUUAUUAAUAAAAGUUUUAUAAUACUAAUUAAAUAAUCCUGAAAAAGCUAAAUCUAAUAUAUAUAUAAAUGGUGGUCUCAUAUAUAAUUAGCAAUAUGUAUUUCUUUCUUCUCUUUUCUUUCCAUUCAUUUAGCUUGCUGACUUUGGAAGGCUUUAUAAAGUAUUAAAAAGAAAAAUAAUUUAAAAAGAUAAUCUAACUUAAGCACAAUUAAAUGAAUUAUAUGAAGAUUCAGUCCAUAAUAUAGCUUACGAUUAUGGAGGUGUAAUUAAGACUAUGUAUGUAACAGCGUUUUAUGCACCUCUUAUUCCUAUAGGGAUAAUAAUAUCUAUAUUUAAUAUUCUUAUUAAUUAUUUUAUUCAAAAAUAUUUGCUUUUAACUCACAGAAGUGUUAAAUAUUCAGUUAGUGAUUGUAUUUCAAGAGAUAUGAUUGAAUAAUUAGAACAUCUUCUUCCGAUUUAUUGUAUUUCUAAUGCAUUAUUUCAAUAUUUAUUAAAAGAUGGCUAGAAUAUUUCAAAUUUCGGAUAUGCAGGUAUAUUUAUUAGUGCAAUUCAUGUUAUUUUACCAAUGAGAAGUUUUAAUGAAUUUUUCUUUUAUGUUAAAAAAGCUCCAGAUUUGCACGAGACUUAUAAUGAAAAUUACUUAAAUUUUUAAUUCGACUAUGAUAGAGCAAAUCCAGCUACUAAUCAAGUUGCUAAAAAAGAAUUUGUAGAUGGAAAAAAAUAAAAAAAAGUUAUAUAUUAAUGGUAAAGUGUGUUGCUUGCUAACUAAAAAUAAUUUUAAAAUUGA